UGCUGUGACGGGGGAGUUGUGUUUUGCGUUGUUUUAUUUUUAACGGUUUGUUGACAUUGUUUUACAUACGCGUAAAUCAUUUUAUGUUGUUAGUGUGUGAACUAUUCGGUUUGUUGUAAUAGUGAAGUAAAGUGGCCAACAAUGACGACCCAGCCAGAAGUCGGCGUGUCCGACUUUGUCCUCUUGGACAAUUUGACGACUGACAACUUCAUAGAAAAUUUGCAUUUGAGGUUCCAACACAACAAAAUCUACACAUACAUCGGCGAGGUGCUGGUGUCGGUGAACCCGUACAGAAACCUGGACAUCUAUGGGCCGCAGCACAUGGCCCAGUACCGCGGCCGGGAGAUGUUCGAGGUCCCGCCCCACGUGUACUCCGUGGCUGAUGCCUGCCAGAGGGUGCUCAGGCAACAGGGCCGAGACACAUGCGUGCUGAUCUCCGGAGAGUCAGGGUCGGGCAAGACAGAGGCCUCGAAGUUCAUCAUGAAGUACAUCGCCGCCAACACUACACAAGUUCACAGAGAAUACAUCGACAGAGUAAAAAACGUGCUAAUCCAAUCAAAUUCCAUCCUCGAAACGUUCGGCAACGCGAAAACGAACCGCAACGACAACUCCUCACGCUUCGGCAAGUACAUGGACAUCCACUUCGACUACAAGGGAGACCCGGUGGGCGGACACAUCAGCAAUUACCUGCUUGAGAAAAGUCGGGUGGUCAGCCUGCAGCCUGGAGAGAGGAACUUCCACGCUUUUUAUCAGUUAUUAAGUACAAACAACAACCACACAAAGAAGUUCGGGCUGAAUUCGAGCGCAGUGUACAAGAUCCUCGGCAGCGAGCGAGCGACCGCGCAGGAUUCUAAGCUCUAUUCCGUCACGAAUAGUGCCUUUUCUGCCCUGGGCUUCGCGUCGUCCGUCGUCGAUGACAUCUGGAAUAUUGUCGCUGGAGUUAUAUUGCUGGGCGAGCUAACUUUCGCAGAGACGCCAGACGGUCAGCUCACCAUCGGCGGUCCUCUCCGCCAGUGUGUCUCCGCUCUAGGAGUAUCCGAGGACGCUCUCCGCACUGCCAUGGCGGGCCGCGUGCUGUCAGCCGGCGGCGAGCUGGUCAGCAAGGAACACAGCCUGUCUGACGCUAACUACACUAGGCUAGCGCUGGCUAAGGCGGCUUAUGACAGGCUGUUCACGUGGAUAGUACAACAGAUCAACAAAGCGAUCGACGUUCCGUCAGGCACGUACAAGAACACACUCAUCGGUGUUCUGGACAUCUACGGCUUCGAGAUCUUCGACACCAACAGCUUCGAGCAGUUCUGCAUCAACUACUGCAACGAGAAGCUGCAGCAGCUGUUCAUUGAACUGGUCCUAAAACAAGAACAGGAGGAAUACGCGCGCGAGGGCAUCACGUGGACGCCCGUGACGUACUUCAACAACCGCGUCAUCUGCGAGCUCGUGGACGCGCCGCAUCAAGGCGUCAUCGCCAUCAUGGACGAGGCUUGCCUUAAUCCCACCAAGAUAUCGGACAAGCAACUGCUGGAAGCUAUGGACAAGCGCCUGAGUGGACACAAGCACUACACAUCGCGACAGCUCGCGCCCGCCGACAAGAAGCUCAAGCAUGGCGUCGACUUUAGGAUUACGCACUAUGCCGGCGAUGUGACGUAUGCCAUCACGGGCUUCAUGGACAAGAACAAGGACUCGCUGUGGCAGGACCUCAAGCGGCUGCUACACUCCUCGACAAAUAGAUCACUCGCCGACAUGUGGCCUGAGGGCGGCACCAACAUACAGAAGACAUCAAAACGACCGCCGUCAGCUGCUACGUUGUUCCGCAACUCAAUGGCUGCAUUAGUAACCGGACUGCAGAGUAAAGAACCCUUCUACGUGCGCUGCGUCAAACCCAACCCGUUGCAGGCGCCCAACACAUGGGACGACCAGCUGGUCCGCCACCAAGUAGCCUACCUAGGCUUAGUAGAGAACGUGCGCGUGCGCCGCGCCGGGUUCGCUUCCCGGCAACGCUACGACCGCUUCCUGCGCCGGUACAAGAUGCUCAGCCAGUACACCUGGCCCAACUUCAGGGGGGACAACACUAGAGAUGCUGUUAUGGUGCUAGCGAGGGAUCUACAGCUCACUGAUGUCCAGUUUGGACACACUAAGCUGUUUAUCAGAUCGGCGAAGACCCUCCACGGCUUAGAAGCGGCCCGAGCGGAACUUAUCCCGUCCAUUGUCACGCUUCUGCAGAAGUUAUGGCGCGGCACGCUCGCGCGCAUCCGUUACAGGAAACUCAAGGCAGCGCUCACCAUAUACAACGCCUGGAAACGGUAUCGCGUCCGAAGAUACAUAGCCGAGCUACAAACACAGUUACAACGCUACCGCGGCGUCAUCAAACAGUGGCCCGCGCCGCCGCGUCGGCUUAACGUGCCGUUAUUACAGGCUGCCUACCGUCGUUGGAGAGCGUACCUCACGCUCAAACCCAUACCUAGGGAUCAGUGGCCACAGCUCAAGAUGAAGAUUUGCGCGGCGAGUGCAUUGCGCGGUCGACGAGCAGAAUGGGGCGCGGGCCGGCAGUGGUUGGGCGACUACUUAGCAGACGACAACUACAACGCCAAGUGCGCCCUAUACAAAUCAGCGCUGACGACGCUACAAAAGUCGCAGCAGUGUGGUCGCGCGUUGUUCUCGUGCCGCGUGCACAAGUUCAACCGCUUCAACAAGCUGGCCGAGCGAUGCUUGCUUGUAACCGAGACCGCUGUGUUCAAGCUUGAUGCCAAUACCUUCAAGCCGCUGAAGAAACCCACGCCUAUUACUGAGAUCGGCGCGGUCCGCGUGAUGAGCUCGGACGCGCAGCUGGUGGUGGUCAGCGUGCCGGCGGCCAACAACGACCUGGUGGUGGGGCUGGUGGCGCCGCGGGCCGACCUGCUGGGAGAACUGGUGGGCGUGCUCGCCAACCGGUACAAGAUGUUAAAAGGCACCGAGCUCUCCGUCGAAGUGGAGAGCGGCGCCACCACUCGCUGCACGCUCGGCGGCAAGACGCGCGCGCUGCAGCUGCCCGCCGCCGCCUCGCCCGCGCCCGCGCACGCGCCCUUCACGCACGCGCACAACGUCAUCACAUACCAUCCGGCUUCCGCGCGCGCGUAGCACGAAGACAACGGAGGCA